AUGUCAUCCAACAAUUACGUAGUCCUCAACCCCUACGUCUUCGACCCCCACUUCACCCUUGACGAGCUCUCCCUUAUCCGCCUCCACCCCACCCACAUCACCGCCGACUCCCCCGCCCUCCCCACCCCUACCUACGCCCGCACCACCAUCAACUCCCACCUCACCACCCUCACCCGCCCCACCGCCGCCGCCGCCGCCCCACACGACUACGAAAGCGACACCGAAACCCUCGUCCUCGACGCCGACAUCCUCGAGCGCCACCCCACCACGCACGUCAUCGGCGAAUGCGGGCGCCGCGGCUGCCGCAUCAGUUACGGCUGCAUCUUCUGUGCCGGCGACUCGUCCGGGCGCAGCUGGGAUAGGUCGCUUGAUCCGACGCCGCGCACGCACUUUCGGAAUGCGGUUGCGAUGGCGCUGGGUGGGGCGGUGCCGAGUGAGGGGGUGGGGGAGAGCGGGGAGGUGGGAGGAGAGAGGGGGGAGGGGUAUCCGACGCAUUUGCAGAGGAUGGAGGGGCCGAUAAAGAGGGGGAGGAAGCCGGGCAGUGGGGUCGCCAGUUGGGUUGGGCAGGGGCCGAGGAUUAAGUAUUGUAAGAGGCGGGCGGAGGUGGAGCAGAAGGUGGAUGAUGCGGUGCCGGGGAGCGAGGGGACUAUCGUGGUGAAGAAGCCGCAUAAGUCAAAGGCGCAGUUGGCGGCGUUGGAGAGGAGGAGGAGGGCGCCGGUUAGGAAGAAGGGUUAA